GCCGCUCGGCCCAAGAUGGCGGCGCGGUUCCCUCAGCUGUCGCUGCCGCCGCUCCUGCUCGCCCUCACCCUACCGGCUCUCGCCACCCCUCCGGCAGCUCCGCAUCGCCGCUUCGAGUACAAGUACAGCUUCAAAGGGCCGCACCUGGUGCAGGCCGAUGGCACCGUGCCCUUCUGGGUGCACACGGGCAAUGCCAUCCCCAGCGCCGAUCAGAUCCGCAUCACCACCUCCCUGAAGAGCCAGAAGGGCUCGGUGUGGACCAAGAGCAAGGCGGCCUUCGAGCACUGGGAGGUGGAGGUGACGUUCCGAGUGACGGGCAGAGGCCGCAUCGGAGCCGACGGAUUGGCGGUGUGGUUUACGGAGGAGCAAGGCCUGGAAGGGCCCGUUUUCGGGGCGGCCGACCAGUGGAACGGCGUGGGGGUCUUCUUUGACUCCUUCGACAACGACGGCAAGAAAAACAACCCCGGCGUGAUCGUCGUGGGCAACAACGGGAAGCUCCUCUAUGACCAUCAGAAUGAUGGUGCCACCCAAGCCCUGGCCACCUGCCUGAGGGAUUUCCGGAACAAGCCCUACCCCGUGCGGGUGAAGAUCGCCUACUACCAAAAAACACUGACCGUGCUGGUCAACAACGGCUUCACCCCGGACAAAGAUGACUACGAGCUGUGUGCCAAGGUGGAGGACAUGCAGCUACCAGCCCAGGGCUACUUUGGGAUAUCUGCAGCCACGGGGGGAUUGGCAGAUGACCACGACGUGCUGUCCUUCCUGACCUUCCAGCUGACCGAGCCUGGGAAGGAAGCACCACCAGCAGACGCAGAAAUCCCUCAGAAAGAUAAGGAGAAAUAUCAGGAGGAAUUCGAGCACUUCCAACAAGAACUGGACAAAAAGAAGGAGGAGUUUCAAAAGGAACACCCCGACGUGCAAGGCCAGCCAGCGGACGACUUCGAGAGCGUCGGCGACCGCGAGCUGAGACAGAUCUUCGAGGGGCAGAACCGCAUCCACCUGGACAUCAAGCAGCUCCACAGGCAGCUGGACACCGUGCUGGACGAGCAGAGGAGGUACCUGGCGGCAAUCAGCGAGGAGAUGGCCAAAAGAGGAGCCGCUCUGCCGCAGCUUCCCCAGCAGGAGGUUGAGAAGGUUGUGAAAAGUCAGGAAGAGCUCGUUAGACAAGUGAAUGAAAUCAGGAGCGGCGUGGCCGACGCGCUGCGAUCGACGGGCGGGGCCCACGAGGCCGCCCAGCACUUCAGUGACGUCAAAGAGCACCUGCACCUGCUCAGGAGGGACCUGGAGCACUUAGCCCAGAGGAACCCGCCGCCUGCUGAGAAAGCCAAGUGCCCAGAGCUGCCACCUCUGCCCUCGUGUCUGUCCACGCUGCACUUCCUCGUCUUCGUGGCGGUGCAGACGCUGCUGUUCGUCGCUUACGUCAUGUACAGGAGCCAGCAGGAAGCAGCAGCCAAGAAGUUCUUCUGAUGCCGGGGGAGGUGGCAGCGCUGGGCGCCGUAAAUGACCGUAAAUGAUCGACCGCAAAACCAGCUCCGACCGCGACAACUGACGGUGAAACUCCCAAAAUGGGGGUGAGGAUUGCAGGGCCUGCCCUCUCAGGCAGCUUCCUCCUCCAUCCUCCACCUUUUGUUUUUGGGGGGUGGAGGAGGGGGUUGCUGAUUGGUUUGCGGGUGGAUGAAAAAUUUUCUAUUUACCACUUGGAUUUCAAAGGGUGAGAAGAUUUGUGUUGAUUAAUCCCAACUCUUCACGAGGGGCAGGUUUGAACGCUCUGUCGAUGGUGGGCCUGAUCUUUUCUGAGUUUCAACUCUAUCUGUUAAUUUUAUUAGUCAUUUUUACUUUGUAAUUUAUGAUCUAUGCAAUGCCUUGUUUUGUUUUGUUGGGGUUGUGCCACCUGCCCGUCAAUUGACGCGGCGGGGGGUGCAACUUUAGAGCUUCAGCGGUAAAUUGGGGGAGAUUUGAGCCUGCUGAGUGGAGAAAUCGCUGCCUGGAGGGUAAAUGAGGGGGGGGACAACAAAAAAACAACAACCUUGAGGAUAAAACACAGCAGAGUUUGGCCCUUGGCUUCUUUCCACACCAGCAACAAUUUACAGGUGCCUUGAGCCGUUCCAACCCCGACUCAAUCCACGUCCUUACCCUGUCCUGAGUGGGAAACAGGGCUGGUUUUUAUCCAAGAAUUCACAGCCAGGAGGAGGAGAUAACUUGGGCUCCGUGAGGGGGGAGGGGCGGAACCAACCGCUGUAAAUUGGGGCCGGCGAGCGGCGGGUGGUGCCGAGAGAGCCCGAUUGGUGCUGAUCAAACAACAUCUGGGUCUCCCUCCACAGCCCAAAACAUGCACAGUAGCAGGGUUUGGGAACCUCCUGGAUUACGGUUUGGGGUUCCCCUGCCCUGCUUUGUAAAUUGUUUCCCGACCGUGCCACGCCAAUUUACCGGGGUCGGGUUUGGUUCUCCGUCCCACCAGCUGAUGUUUCCACCCCUCUGUCUUCUCCUGCCUGCUGUCAACCGACCCCUGAGGAGUUCAGAGAGAACCUUAUUUGAAUAAAGAUGCAUAUUUUUAGUAA